GUGCGCAUCACGCGAAGAAGAAGGCGACAGGCGCAGAGCUGCUAACUAGCUAGCCCGCCAGCGGAACUUAAGGUGCUCAUCAUGGCUGCCUCCAAGCCAGUCGAGCCGCAGUCUGGCACCGGCCUCCCUCGUUGGCAGCUGGCUUUGCUUGUCGGCGCUCCCAUCGUGCUCGGGGUGGGGGCCGUGUACCUAUGGAACCGCAGCAGGGCGAAGGGGCGGCCGGGGAAAGGCAGCGGCGAACGGAUCACACCAGAAGGCAGCGCCAGUCCGGAGCAGGGCCAAGACAGCGCCUCGCGAUCCAAUCAAGGGCAGGACAACAUGACUCCUUUGGAUCGGGCCCAGGCAGCAAAGAACAAAGGCAACAAAUACUUCAAAGCGGCCAAGUACGACAAUGCCAUCCAGUGUUACACCGAGGCCAUUGCGCUCUGCCCCACCGAGCAAAAGAGCGACCUGUCGACAUUCUACCAGAACCGAGCGGCGGCCUAUGAGCACCAGAUGAAAUGGACCGAAGUGGUUCAGGACUGCUCGCAGGCCGUGAAACUCAACCCGCGCUACGUCAAGGCUCUUUUCAGGAGGGCAAAAGCUUUGGAGAAGCUGGACAACAAGAAGGAAUGCCUGGAAGAUGUCACCGCCGUGUGCAUCUUGGAGGCCUUCCAGAACCAGCAGAGCAUGCUGCUGGCAGACAAGGUGCUCAAGCAACUGGGGAAGGAGAAAGCCAAAGACAAAUACAAAAACCGCGAGCCGAUGAUGCCUUCGCCCCAGUUUAUCAAGUCAUACUUUGGCUCCUUCACCGACGACAUCAUCUCGCAGCCGCUGCAGAAGGGCGAGAAGAAGGACGAGGACAAGGACAACGAGGGCGAGGCCUCAGAGGUCGCAGCCAGCGGUCUGCUCCAAUUCCUCAGCGCGGGCUACCUGAAGGCCAAACACUUCAUGGAAGAGGAGAACUACGACAAGAUAAUCAGCGAGUGCACCAAGGAGGUGGACGCGGAGGGCCGCUAUACGGCAGAGGCGCUGCUGCUGCGCGCCACCUUCUACCUGCUGAUCGGCAACGCCACCGCCGCUCAGCCCGACUUGGACCGCGUCAUCAACAUGCAGGAGGCCAAUGUCAAGCUGCGAGCCAACGCUCUCAUCAAGCGCGGGAGCAUGUACAUGCAGCAACAGCAACCCAUGCUCUCCACGCAGGACUUCAACAUGGCGGCGGAAAUCGACACUCGCAACCCCGACGUGUACCACCACAGGGGGCAGCUGAAGAUCCUGCUGGACCAGGUGGACGAAGCCGUGGGGGACUUUGACGAGUGCAUCCUACUCCGGCCCGACUCUGCUCUCGCCCAGGCGCAGAAGUGCUUUGCCCUGUACAGACAAGCAUACACCGGCAACAACCCAUCACAAGUCCAGAUCGCCAUGGAUGGCUUCGAGGACGUGAUCAGAAGGUUCCCCAAGUGUGCGGAGGGCUACGCGCUAUACGCCCAGGCUCUGACUGAUCAGCAGCACUUUGGAAAAGCCGACGAGAUGUAUGACAAGUGUAUCGAACUGGAACCAGACAAUGCCACUACGUAUGUCCACAAAGGAUUAUUACAGCUCCAGUGGAAGCAAGACCUGGAUUUGGGUCUGGACCUCAUCAGCAAGGCCAUCGAGAUUGACAACAAAUGCGACUUUGCCUACGAAACGAUGGGAACGAUUGAAGUUCAAAGGGGCAAUCUGGACAAAGCGAUCGAGAUGUUCAACAAGGCCAUCAAUCUGGCCAAGUCGGAGAUGGAGAUGGCACACUUGUACUCGCUGUGCGACGCGGCGUACGCCCAGACGGAGGUCGCCAGGAAGUACGGCCUCAAGCCCCCGACGCUAUAACUCCUGCGCCGCAACUGUGUUCAGCUUUGCAUCUAUUUGUUUAAGCAAGGCAGGAGGGUGGUGGUGGGGGGGUUGCUGGAUUGUAAUGUAAAAAAAAAAUAUCAUAAUGAAAGGGCCCUCCUGGAAAUAUAUACAGCAUCGUGUUUACGUUGUAGUUGAAAAGGGGUCUGCUAUGCUUAGGGGUCACACCACCCCUCUACCCCACAAUGUGUCAAGUACAGGGAUGGUCUAUACACUUGUCCUAUUGUUAUGAUUUACAAGACAACAAAAAAAAAAAGCGGACUUGUGACGGGUCUUCGGAUUCGACAUGCAAUCCUGUGAAAGUUAGUUCAACUAUCAAAGUGUUUUGUUCCAUUUAUGCACCAAUAUCGGUUCCGAGUUGGAGAUUAAAACCAUAGAGCCAAAUCUGUAAUGUCUUGUUUGUAAUUCCUGGAUUAAGGCCCUCUAUGUGGAGGAUGAUGCGGAAUCAAGGAGUCUUUUUUCUUUUUUUUUAACAUUGACUUGCGUGUUGCGUGUUUUUUCUUUUUCUACAUUUUGUGCAGCAUGUUCACCUUAUGAUGUAAAUGCAAACGACUGCUUUUUGAAUGAACACUCAGAGAAUCUUGGCUAUCAGGCCGACUCAAACGCCUCCUUUCUAUAGCACUUGCAUCACGAACACACUCUCGGUUGUGCAAUUCUUUGGACUUUUUUUUUGAGGUGGGGGGGGGAAUGGUUUUAUUUGAUUUUCAACUGGGUAGUUGCCUGAGCCAUUUUUUUUCUUUUUCGGUGUAUCUCCUUUUACAGAUAGGCACAAAUUUCUUAUAGGAAUUGAUGUAAACAUUCUGAGACGGCCACUUUGAUUUUGACUGACAAAUUCAACUGACAUUCUUCAUCCAUGUAUGGUGACCAAAGUGAAAUGGAAUUUGAAUCCUAAUAAAGUUAUGAUUCCUGGAAA